UCCUGUCUUUGUUUGGUCGGUCAUUAUGUUUAUACUCUUUGCUUCAGUGUGGAUUCUAACAACUGUUGGUUCCCGUGGGAGCACGUGCCCUCCCGAUUCCGCUCUCCACAUUCGUCCACGAGACACCAAUGACUAUUGCUACUGGCUGCUACUUUCCGAGCAAUCUGCCGAGGACAGCAAUAUGAUUUGCCAGGAGGGAGGUGGAAUUCUCGCCACGAUACCUGACCAGGAGGCGCAACAAUUUGUCGAACAGAUGGUCAUGUCUAUGGAUGGGGAUUUUGAAGCCUUUAUCGGCGUCAACGACGUAGCAGAGAACAAUGUUUAUCAAACUUAUGACGGACAGGAGCAGACCUACUUCAACUGGGCAGGGCAACACCUAGACAACAUACCGGACUAUCAGUGUGUUGUCAUCUCCAGAAAGUCAUAUCUUAAAUGGAAUGACAUUUACUGCUUUUUCAACAAACAGGCAAUCUGUUCCAAAGCUAUCACAAGAGAUGUAACCUAUCCGUUAUUUGAUACUGGAUCAAAUAUACAACGGUCUAGUACGCCACGCUCCGUAGUUGGGAACAGUUCUUCUGCUUUGCAUACGGAUCGUAAAGAGUCCCAUACCAGUCCUUCAGCAGUGCAAAACACAAAACCUAAUUUAUCUUUAAAUGUUAGUGACUAUCGUUCUGAAAUGAAGCUCAGUUCUACGGUGUCUCAGUUAUCGACUUUUAUUGAUUCACUAAAGUCUUCAGUAUCAAACCAAACUGGACCAGGUACGUUCUCUGGUGCAACAAAUUUUCGUGAUGAAAACUAUCAACAUUUAGUGAAUGGAGGAUCAGACGGAAAAGGGAAUAAAAAAAAUUCAAACCCGAUAGUGAAGCCAAGGACAAACACGCCGGUGAUUCGUGAAUCUGACAAACAAGUGAAAAAAGGGCCAGACACAAAACUGAAUCAACGGUCAGAAACACAUGUGAAUCAAAUGUCAGAAACUUUUGUUCACGUUAAUCAAGGAUCGGACGCAUCAGUGAAUCAAGGGUCAAACAUACCAAUGAAUCCGGUGUCAGCUAGUCCUGUGAAUCAGAGGACACAUAUACCUGUAAAUCAAAAGCAAAACACACAUGUGGAACAAGGGUCAGACACACCUGUGAUUCAAAGGUCAUCAAAAACGGGAAGAAAGAAAGAGUCAGACUUACCAGUGAAUAAAGUGUCAAACACACCUUCUAAUAUAGGACCAAUUCCAUAUAUUGGUAGGUGGUCAGAAGCACCAGUUAAUCAUUUGUCAACCAUAGCCGUGGGUCAAGGGUCAGACGCAUCUUUAAAUCGAGUGGCAGGCACACCAAAACAUGAAAGACAAGGCAUGACAAUGAAUCCAGUUGGAGGAACGCUUGUGAACCAAGGGCUGCACACAUCAGUGAAUCAAAAGUCAGAUACACCGGAUAGUCAAGGCUCAAACACAACAGGAAAUAGACAGCCAAAUGUUCAAGUUAAUAAAGGAUCAGACGUACAUGUAAAUCUAGGGUCACCAACACCUGUUGAUCAAGUAUCAGGCACGCAAGUUAAUCAUGGGCAAACCACACCUGUGAAUCAAUGGUCAGACGUAUCAGUAGAUCAAGGCACAACCAUACCCGUUGGUCAGGAGUCAGACGCUAGCUUUAUUCAAGGAUCAACCAUACCUGAUGGUCAAGACUCAAGCGCACCAAUUAAUCAAGUGUCAACCACACCUGUUGGUCAAAAAUCAGACACUAUAUUUAAUCAAGGGCCAACCACACCUGUGAUUCAAGGGUCAGACACGCUAGUUAAACAAGGGCCAACCACACCUGUUGGUCAAUGGUCAGACGAUCAAGCAAAUCAAGGUUCAAAAACACCUGUUGGUCAAGAAUCAGACAUACCGGUGAAUCCAGAAUCAGAUGCCCCAUUUAGUCAAGGAUCAACCACAACUGUUGGUCAAGAGUCAGCAGUAUCAGACACUCAAUGGCCUUUCACACUUGUGUACUUAGCGUCAGACACACCAGUUAUUCAAGGGUCAACAGCACCUCUUGGUCAAGAGUCAGACACACGAAAUACUCAAGGGUCAAUCACACCUAUUGGUCAAGAGCCAGGCAUAGCAGUUAAUCAAGGACCAGGCGCUCCAGGUAAUCAAAGGCCUACAACCCGUGUGAAUCAAGGGUUACCCACACAUGUCAGUCAACAGACGCACGCACCCUUUAUUCCAGGAUCAAGUAUACGUAUUGGUCAAGAGUCAGAUACACAAGCUACUCAAGGGUCAACCACGCCUAUUGGUAAAGAUUCAGUCGCACCAGCUAAUCAAGGAUCAACCAAUCAAGAUUCAGACGCACCCUUUACUCAAGGGUCAGCAACACCUGCUAGUCAAGAUUCAGAUGCACCCUUCAUUCAAGGGUCAGCCAUACCUAUUGGUCAAGAGUCAGACACAUCCGUUCUUCAAGGGUCAGCCAAACCUGCUGGUCAAGAGUCAGACGCAUUCGUUAUUCAAAAGUCAGUCGUUACUGUUGGUCAAGAAUCAGACGUACCCGUUAUACAAGGGUCAGCCAUACAUAUUGGUCAAGAAUCAGACGCAUCCGUUGUUCAAGGGUCAGCCAACCCUGCUGGUGAAGAGUCAGAUGCGUUCGUUAUUCAAAAGUCAGUCGUCACUGUUGGUCAAGAAUCAGACGUAUCCGUUAAACAAGGGUCAGCCAUACAUAUUGGUCAAGAAUCAGACACAUCCGUUAUUCAAGGGUCAGCCAAACCUGCUGGUCAAGAGUCAGACGCAUUCGUUAUUCAAAAGUCAGUCGUUACUGUUGGUCAAGAAUCAGACGUAUCCGUUAAACAAGGGUCAGCCAUACAUAUUGGUCAAGAAUCAGACGCAUCCUUUAAUCAAGGAUCAGUCAUACCUGCUGGUCAAGAGUCAUAUGCAUUCGUUAUUCAAAAGUCAGUCGUUACUUUUGGUCAAGAAUCAGACGUACCCGUUAUACAAGGGUCAUCCGUAUCUAUUGAUCAAUUGUCAAACACACCAACUAGUCAAGGGUCAGCCACACCUGUCAGUCACAAUUCAGCUGCUACCUCUAUUCAAGGGUCAGGCACACCUGCUGGUCAAGAAUUAGAAUCAUCCUAUAUUCAAGGGUCAACCAUACCUACUGGUCAAGAAUCAGAAGCAUUCGUUGUUCAAUGGUCAGCCGUUACUGUUGGUCAAGAGUCAGACGUACCCGUUAUACAAGUGUCAUCCAUACCUUUUAAUCAAAAGUCAGACGAAUCAGUUGAUCAAGUGACAGUUGCACCAGUGAAACACAUUUCAGUUAUUCCAACGUCAGACAAAUCAGUGAGUCAAAAUUUGAACUCAUCAGCAGAUCAUCAUUCAAACAAACCAGUUAAUUUAACAGUGAAUCAGAGGCCAAACCCUUCAGUGAAUCAAGGAUCAGGCACUGCAUUGAAUCAAGGGCCAGACAUAUCUGCGAAUCAGAGGCAAGACACCACAGUAGAUCAUGGGUUUACUAAACCAGACAAACCAGUUAAGCAACGGUCAGACUUACCAGUGAAUCAAUGGUCAGACUUGCCAGUGAAUCAAGGGUCAGAUAAACCAGUGAAUACAGGGUCAGACAACCCAGUGAAUCAAGGUUCAGACAUACCAGUGAAUACCGUGUCAGAUAAACCAGCGAAUCAAGGGUCAUAUAUACCAGUGAAGCAAGGGUCAGACUUACCAGUGAAUCAAGGGCCAGGCAUACCAGCGAAUCAAGUGACAAACAUACCAGUAAAUACAGGGUCAGACAACCUAAUGUAUCAAGAUUCAGACAUACCAGUGAAUACAAGGUCAGACAUACCAGUGAAUACAGGGUCAGACAAACCAGUGAAUACAGGGUCAGACAAACCAGUGAAUCAAGGGUCAGACAACCCAGUGAAUACAGAGUCAGACAAUCCAGUGAAUACAGGGUCAGACAAACCAGUGAAUACAGGGUCAGACAAACCAGUGAAUCAAGAGUCAGACAACCCAAUGAAUACAGCGUCAGACAUACCAGUGAAUACAGGGUCAGACAAACCAGUGAAUACAGGGUCAGACAUACCAGUGAAUAAAGGGUCGGACAAUCCAGUGAAUAAAGGGUCAGAUACCACAGUGAAUCAAGAGUCAGACACUACAGUGAAUCAAGGGUCAGAAACUACAUUGAAUCAAGGGUCAGACAUACCAGUGAAUAAAGGGUCGGACAUACCAGUGAAUAAAGGGUUAGACACUACAGUGAAUCAAGGAUCAGACACUACAGUGAAUCAAGGGUCAGAAACUACAUUGAAACAAGGGUCGGACAUACCAGUGAAUAAAGGGUUAGACACUACAGUGAAUCAAGGAUCAGACACUACAGUGAAUCAAGGGUCAGACACCACAGUGAAUCAAGGGUCUGAAACUACAGUGAAUCAAGGGUCAGAAACGACAUUGAAUCAAGGGUCAGACAUACCAGUGAAUAAAGGGUCGGACAUACCAGUGAAUAAAGGAUCAGACACUAGAGUGAAUCAAGGGUCAGACAUCACAGUGCAUCAAGGAUCAGAAACUACAGUGAAUACUGGGUCAAACAUACCAGUGAAUACAGGAUCAGACAACCCUGUGAAUACAGGGUCAGACACCAAAGUAAAUCAAGGGUCUGACAUACCAGUUAAUCAAGUGUCAGACAUUACAGUGAAUACAGGGUCAGACACUACAGUGAAUCAAGGGUCUGAUAUACCAGUGAAUCAAGGUUCAGACACUAAAGUGAAUAUAGGGUCAUAUAUACCAGUAAAUGAAGGGUCAGAGAUCACAGUGAAUAAAGGGCCACACACCACAGUAAAUAAAGGGUCAGACACUGCAGUGAAUACAGGGUCAGACACCACAGUGAACAAAGGAUCAGACACCACAGUGAAUCAUGGGUUAGACAAAACAGUGAAUAAAGGGUCAGUCACCACAGUGAAUACAUGGUCAGACAUUCCAGUAAUUAAAGGUUCAGAUAUACCAGUGAAUACAGGGUCAGACACCACAGUGAAUAAAGGGCCACACACCACAGUGAAUAAAGGAUCAGACACUGCAGUGAAUAAAGGGUCAGACACCACAUUGAACAAAGGGUCAGACAUACCAGUGAAUAAAGGAUCAGACACCACAGCGAAUUAUGGGUUAGACAAAACAGUGAAUAAAGGGUCAGAUAUACCAGUGAAUACAGGGUCAGACAACACAAUGAAUAAAGGGCCACACACUACAUUGAAUAAAGGGUCAGACACCACAGUGAAUACCGGGUCAGACAUAUCAGUGAAUACAAGGUCAGACAAUCCAGUGAAUACAGGGUCAGACACCAAAGUGAAUACAGGGUCAGACACCACAGUGAACAAAGGGUCAGACAUACCAGUGAAUAAAGGAUCAGACACCAGAGUGAAUUAUGGGUCAGACAAAUCAGUGAACAAAGCGUCACAUCCCACAGUGAAUACAGGGUCAGACAUUCCAGUAAAUAAAGGUUCAGAUAUACCAGUGAAUACAGGGUCAGACAACAGAGUGAAUAAAGGGCAACACACCACAGUGAAUAGAGGCUCAGAUAUAACAGUGAAUACAGGGUCAGACAUACUAGUGAAUACAGGGUCAACCAAUCCAGUAAAUACAGGGUCAGACACCAAAGUGAAUACAGGGUCAGACACCACAGUGAACAAAGGGUCAGACAUACCAGUGAAUAAAGGGUCAGACACCAUAGUGAAUACAUGGUCAGACACCCCAGUGAAUACAGGCUCAAACACCACAGUGAACAAAGGUUCAGACACACCAGUGAACACAGGAUCAGACACCACAUUGAAUCAUGGGUCAGACAAAACAGAGAAUAAAGGGUCAGACCCCACAGUGAAUACAGGGUCAGACACCCCAGUGAAUACAGGGGCAGACACCACAGUGAACAAAGGUUCAGACAUACCAGUGAAUACAGGAUCAAACACCACAGUGAAUCAUGGGUCAGACAAAACAGUGAAUAAAGGGUCAGACCCCACAGUGAAUACAAGGUCAGAAAUACCUGUAAAUAAAGGGUCAGAUAUACCAGUGAAUACAUGGUCAGACAACAAAGUGAAUAAAGAGCCACACAUCACAGUGAAUAAGGGUUCAGACACUAAAGUGAAUAAAGGGUCAGACACCACAGUGAACAAAGGAUCAGACACCACAGUGAAUCAUGGGUUAGUCAAAACAGUGAAUAAAGGAUCAGUUACCACAGUGAAUACAGGGUCAGACAUUCCAGUAAAUAAAGGUUCAGAUAUACCAAUGAAUACAGGGUCAGACAAUACAGUGAAUAAAGGGCCACACACCACAGUGAAUAAGGGGUCAGACACCACAGUGAAUAGAGGAUCAGAUAUAACAGUGAAUACUGGGUCAGACAUAUCAGUGAAUACAGGGUCAACCAAUCCAGUGAAUACAGGGUCAGACACCAAAGUGAAUACAGGGUCAGACACCACAUUGAACAAAGGGUCAGACAUACCAGUGAAAAAAGGACCAGACACCACAGUGAAUACAGGGUCAGACAUACCAGUGAAUACAGGGUCAGACACCACAGUGAAUACAGGGUCAGACAUACCAGUGAAUACAGGGUCAACCAAUCCAGUGAAUACAGGGUCAGACACCAAAGUGAAUACAGGGUCAGACACCACAUUGAACAAAGGGUCAGACAUACCAGUGAAAAAAGGACCAGACACCACAGUGAAUACAGAGUCAGACAUACCAGUGAAUACAGGGUCAGACAACACAGUGAAUACAGGGUCACACACCACAGUGAACAAAGGUUCAGACAUACCAGUGAAUACAGGAUCAGACAACACAGUGAAUAAAGUCCCACACACCACUGUAAAUAAAGGGUCAGACACCACAGUGAAUACAGAGUCACACAUAUUAGUGAAUACAGGGUCAGACAAUCCAGUGAAUACAGGGUCAGACACCACAGUGAAUACAGGGUCAGACAACAAAGUGAAUAAAGGGUCAGACAACACAGUGAAUACAUGGUCAGACACCACAAUGAAUAAAGGGUCAGGCUCUUCGGUGAAUCAAGGAUCAGAAAGUACAGUGAAUCAAGGGUCUGAAAACCCAGUGAAUACAGGGUUAGACAAAACAGUGAAUAAAGAGUCAGUCACCACAGUGAAUACAGGGUCAGACAUUCCAGUAAAUAAAGAUUCAGAAAUACCAAUGAAUAAAGGGUCAGACACCACAGUGAAUAGAGGGUCAGACACCACAGUGAAUACAGGAUCAGACAUACCAGUGAAUACAGGGUCAGACACCACAGUGAAUAAAGGGUCAGACAACACAGUAAAUAAAGGGUCAGACACCACAGUGAAUACAGGGUCAGACAACACAGUGAACAAAGGGUCAGACAUACCAGUGAAUAAAAGGUCAGACACCACAGUGAAUAAAGGGUUAGACACCACAAUGAAUACAGGGUCAGACAUACCAGUGAAUACAGGGUCAGACACCACAGUGAAUAAAGGGUCAGACAAACCAGUGAAUAAAGGGUCGGACACAACAGUAAAUAAAGGGUCAGACACUACAGUGAAUACAGGAUCAGACACCACAGUGAAUCAUGGGUCAGACAAAACAGUGAAUAAAGGAUCAGUCACCACAGUGAAUACAGGGUCAGACACCACAGUUAAUAAAGGGCCACACACCACAGUGAAUAAAGGGUCAGACACCACAGUGAAUACAGAGUCACACAUAUCAGUGAAUACAGGGUCAGACACCACAGUGAACAAAGGGUCAGAUAUACCAGUGAAUAAAGGGUCAGACACCACAGUGAAUAAAGGGUCAGACAUACCAGUGAAUAAAGGGUCAGACACCAUAGUGAAUACAGGGUCAGACACCACAGUGAAUACAGGGUCAGGCACCACAGUGAAUACAGGGUCAGACAAUCCAGUGAAUACAUGGUCAGACACCACAGUGAAUAAAGGGACAGACACCACAGUGAAUAAAGGGUCAGACACCACAGUGAAUACAGAUUCACACAUAUCAGUGAAUACAGGGUCAGACACCACAGUGAACAAAGGGUCAGACAUACCAGUGAAUAAAGGGUCAGACACCAGAGUGAAUACAGGGUCAGACAUACCAAUGAAUAAAGUGUCAGACUCUUCAGUGAAUCAAGGAUCAGAAACUACAGUGAAUCAAGGGUCAGAAACAACAGUGAAUCAAGGAUCUGACAACCCAGUGAAUAAAGGGCCAGACAUACCAGUGAAUCAAGGGUCAGACAAACCAGUGAAAACAGGGUCAGACAUACCAGUGAAUCAAAGGUCAGACAAGCCUGUGCAUCAAGGAUCAGACAACCCAGUGAAUACAGGGUCAGACGUCACAGUAAAUCAAGGGUUAGACAUACCAGUGAAUCAAUGGUCAGACACUACAGUGAAUCAAGGGUCUGACAUACCAGUGAAUCAAGCGUCAGACACUACAGUGAGUACAGGGUCAGACAUACCAGUGAAUAAAGGGCCAGACACCACAGUGAAUAAAGGGUCAGACACCACAGUGAAUAAAGGGUCAGACAUACCAGUGAAUAAAGGGUCAGACACCACAGUGAAUACAGGGUCAGACACCACAGUGAAUACAGGGUCAGACACCACAGUGAAUACAGGGUCAGACAUAUCAGUGAAUACAGGGUCAGACAAUCCAGUGAAUACAUGGUCAGACACCACAGUGAAUAAAGGGUCAGACACCACAGUGAAUAAAGGGUCAAUCACCACAGUGAAUAAAGGGUCAGACACCACAUUGAAUAAAGGGUCAGACAUACCAGUGAAUAAAGGGUCAGACACCACAGUGAAUACAGGGUCAGACACCACAGUGAAUACAGGGUCAGACACCACAGUGAAUACAGGGUCAGACAUAUCAGUGAAUACAGGGUCAGACAAUCCAGUGAAUACAUGGUCAGACACCACAGUGAAUAAAGGGUCAGACACCACAGUGAAUAAAGGGUCAAUCACCACAGUGAAUAAAGGGUCAGACACCACAUUGAAUAAAGGGUCAGACAUACCAGUGAAUAAAGGGUCAGACACCACAGUGAAUACAGGGUCAGACACCACAGUGAAUACAGGGUCAGACACCACAGUGAAUACAGGGUCAGACAAUCCAGUGAAUACAUGGUCAGACACCACAGUGAAUAAAGGGACAGACACCACAGUGAGCAAAGGGCCAGACACCACAGUUAAUCAAGACAUACCAAUGAGUCAAACAUCUAUAACACCAGUAUUUCAGAGGUCAGAAGUGUCAUUGAAUCCACUUAAAGACGAAGCCAGGAAUCUAAACACACCAAUAAAUCAGGUGUCUGAUACACCAGUGAAUGAAGUGUUAGAUACAACAAAGAUAUUAGUAUCUACCGGAGGUGUUCAUCUAACAACAACUAAUACAUUGUCGACCACAUCAAUGGAUCCUCAGGGAGCAAGACCAGCCAUGUCAGCACAACCAGUCAAUAUAAUGGAGCAGCCACAAGCAGAUAUUAUUGUCAGUGGCAAGUUCCUUCGCUGGACGGGCGAUGGGGACGCUGGACCCUCGGGAGCCCCACUCAAGACGGUGCACGCGAGAAGCGCCUUACAUUGUGCCAGUGUUUGUCAGAGGUUGGCCGUGUGUCGCUCUUUCUAUUACAACCGCUUGACAUCCGCCACGUGUGUGAUCUUUGACGACAAGACUUACGAAUAUACCUCGUCGAUAGCAGGUAUGGCGUAUUUCGUUAAGGCUGUGUAGGCUAUGACGUAAUGAUGACGUAGAGGACAUGCGUGGGUGUCAUUUAUAAUCUCGAAGUAAGCUUAUUGCUGGACUGAUUCGCUCCACAUGGGAUGUUCCCCUUAGAUAUCGAGUAAUACUGAGAGGAUUGUACAGUCUGAUACGCUAACUGUCAUAUCAAUCUACAAAAUGAACAAUAUCACCCUCAUUUCUGUGUAAUUGACGUCCGAAAUAAGUCUAUUUUAUAAACUGCCUGGCUAAAUAGACAGUGAUGUUGAUGUAUGUCCAGAUUCAAUAAUAAAGCUUCAGUUAUU